AUGGCCUCCUGCACCUGCUUACCCUCUGGCGCGACAAUGGUGUGGUUUCUCCUUCUGGCCUUUCAGUUUCUGGAUUCCGGGUUGCACGGCGUUUCCCUCUUCGUGAGUGCUCUUCAGGAAAAGCGGCAGAAGUACUUUUUUGAUAUAUUGAUUUCGUUUUCGUAGUGCUUCACAGUGGAGACACGACGUCGUUCUCAUUGCGACGAGGACACAUAAAAAUGAUUUUGUCUACCUCUUCGCUCGUGCAAAACAGGAGGACCAAACACGGCAACUUGCGUGGCUCGGGCUCGAAGGUAACCGAGAACGUGCAGACAAAAAACGGCUUGCUGCAACUGCAAACGGACGGGGAAAGUGACACCGUGGAAAACGAAGACGAUGCUGCUGGCGGAGAUGAAGUGACGGAAAAGUUAGCGUCAGCGUUGGGAGGAUCGGGGAGUUUACCGGAUGAGGAAGCGGUAUUUGAACUUCUGGAAAGAUGCUGAUGAAGAGUGUAUGUCCUAGUGUAACUCGCACGCGACUUCGGAGGCACUAAUCCUAAUGCUUGAUGAGGCUCCACUACAACUUGACUCUGACAAAUUGAAAUUAGCGUGGUCGCGGAAAAGCGUUCACUGUUGCCAAAUCCACAACACAGGCUGACGCAGAUGCAGAUAUAAUGCCGGUCGCGGAUGUGGACGACGCUGCCAUGCCCGUGUCCAUGGUGGAGGUGGGGAAGGUGAAGGCCGCGCCGGAGGCGAUUGACUCAAGCGAAGAACCACCAGUCGACGCGCAAGAAGGACGUGUGGCUGCCGUGCAGGAACCAGCACCAGGGGAGAGGAUGGCAGACGAGCCAGAAACGGCAGCAACUGGUGCCGACACGAACACGGCAGCAACGGGGUCGGAUGGUGGUGGUGGUGGUGCUACAGAAGCUACUGUCGAUGGCGUUGCGGCAGGGGCAGGCGAAAAGUCACAGGCUGCACCUCCAGCACCAGCCGAGAAAGAAAAACCCCCGGCCGAGAUACAAACGCAAACCACAGCUGAUGACACACAUGAAGAUGGCGAAGAUCAUGAUGACCAUGACGUCGACGCUGCCGCUGGCAAGGCCAUCGCCACGAGCACGACAGAGACGAACAAAGGCAAAGAGGGUUAGUAUAGCCAAUAGCAUUGCUAUCCGAAGAACGAGAAUGAAAGCGGAGCCUCGGGGGAGGGAUCGGCAUCAAAAUUUCUCUCUGAUUCGCGUGAGAGUAUGAAUAAAACCUAACUACAAGUGGUGCGCUGUUAUGAAUUUCAAACGACCCUCCUAUGUAUGCCUAUGUGAAAAAAGCGCUCGGCUCCCUCAUGUUGCGAUGUUGAUGAUAUACCCCCGAAAACUAUCCGUCUGUAAACUGUAUUGAAGGAGAACUGUGCCAGGUACUUACCAAUUUUACUUGAGAAUGACAGUCGUGUGGUCGCCGUAUGUGCGCGCUCACGACCAGCGCUCGCGCGACGCGCAAUCUUUGGGACGUCGUCGCACGUCUGCUUCUCGAUGGAUGAUCUACACAGACAUUAGUUUUCACGAUGCGACUCAGCA